AUGGAUGGUUUGAUGGGGGAUGGGGAACACUUCCACAUGAGGGCUGCAAAGUUUAGGGAAUGUGUUCAGUUAGCUGGAAUAUCUUGUAAAAAAUUGAUAUCUCUUGAUGUUUCAACUCGUUGGAAUUCAACCUACUUGAUGCUUGAGGCUGCGGAAAAGUUUCAAGUAGCUUUUGGGAAGCUUGAGGUUGAGGAGUCAAGUUAUAAGAAUUUAUUUGGAAAAGCUGGUCCCUCAACUAGUUAUGAUUGGGAUAUAGCUAGGGCGUUUGCAACUUUUUUGAAGUUAUUUUAUGAGGCAACUAGAGUGUUUUCCUCCUCACAGCAUGAGAGUAUACAUGCAGCUUUUCACCAAUUGUCUACAAUUUAUUGUGAGCUGCAAAAUGCCUCUUUGAAUUUGAACACCAUUUUUGCAAGUGUGGCUGAGGAUAUGUUGGCAAAAUAUGAUAAGUAUUGGGGUAAUAUUGCAAACAUUAAUAAGUUGCUAUAUUUUGGGGUAAUUUUUGAUCCACGAUAUAAGUUGAAAUAUGUUGAGUGGUGCUUUCAGGAUAUGUAUGCAACUAAACAAGAGGUGGAUAUUGAAUUGAUCACAUUAAUUAAAGAAGAUCUAACUAAAAUAUACAAAUGGUAUAAAAAAGUCCAUGACAAAAAAAAUAAUUUACCACAACCAACUCCCAUGGCUGUUGACAGUGCUUCCCAUGAUGAAAUCUCUAUUGAUGCUGCCCAUAAUUCACAAAUGGCCAGAGCACAAGCUUUUGAAGACCAUUUGAAAGAGAAAGACUCAAUUGACCAACAAAAUGAGCUUGAGGGAUAUUAUUCUAGUAAGUGUGUGAAGAUGAGUGAAAAAUUUGAUAUUCUUGCUUGGUGGAAAUGUAACGCAACUCAGUACCCAAUCUUAUCUCUUAUAGCCAAAGAUAUUUUGGCUAUACCGGUGUCUACAGUUGCUUCUGAAAGUGCUUUUAGUACUGGUGGGAGAGUAAUUGAAACCUUUAGAAGCUCUUUAAAGCCAGAAAUGGCUGAAGCAUUAAUUUGCACUCAGAAUUGGCUAAAACCUUCACUCACUUGUUUCAAAGACUUAAAUCUUAGUGAAGAUGUUGAUAUUUCUGAAGAAAUUAUUAAAGAGUUUCAAGGAAUGUCAGUUGGAAAGGCAAAUACUGCAGGUGGCUCAUCAUCACAGCCACCUAGUUGUGGUUGA